UUGUUUCAACAUUUCUCAAAUUUCAUCUUUAAGGAACUUCAUAACGAUCCACAUCUUUUCGUUGAAGGAGCUUCACCAAACGAUGUCACCCAAGGUAUAUUGGGAAAUUGUUGGUUCGUCUCCGCAUGUUCCGCUCUGACACACAACCAGCAUCUUUUGAACAGGGUGAUACCCGAUGCAGAUUCACAAGAAUGGAGCGUGAAAAAUAGUUACGCGGGAGUGUUCCGAUUUCGAUUCUGGAGAUUUGGAAGAUGGGUGGAGGUGGUCAUAGAUGACCUUUUACCUACAAGAGAUGGCAGUUUGCUUUUCGCACGGUCAAAGACGCCGAAUGAGUUCUGGUCCGCCCUUCUGGAGAAAGCGUUUGCGAAGUAAGU